AUGGCUCCCAAACAAUCAAAAACGGCUAAGAGAUCCAAGAAACAAAAUGGAACGAGGGAAGUAAGAUCAGAAGUAUUCGAGGACUCUAUUGCCAAAAAUCAAAUGGCAAACGUGCCUAAAAUGACUGAAAAAUCUGAUACCAAGAAACCAACCAAGUUACAGGUGAAGAAGGAUAAUUUCAAAGCACGUCUAUAUGGUAGCCAGAAGAAGAAGGAAAGACGCUAUACCGAGAAAGAAUUAAAUAUUCCAACACUUAAUAGAGCGAUUGUACCUGGUGUAAAAAUCAAAAAGGGUAAAAAGGGGAAGAAGUUCAUCGGUGAUCAUGAUUUAAUAGCGUUAAACAGAUUAAUCAAAACGAUAGGUGAUAAAAAUGAUGAAAUAACAGAGAGCAAAUUAGAGAAGACAAGGAGACUCGAAGAAAUUCGUGAUCUAAAGAGACAAGAAAUGGAAAGAAAAGAAACCGAAAAGAAGGAACAACUAGAGGGUAAGAAAGAUGAAAUCAAGAAGAAGGCAUCCGUUGCCAGAACUAUUCGUAGGAAAACCAAAAGGCAAGAACUGAAACAAGAGACAUUAGCAGCUCAGUCUGAACCUAUCAAGAAGAAGAAAUCUGUCAGCUUUGCAUAG